AUCACUUGAAGACGUAUGAGACAUGAUAUGGUUUGCCAUGCCUUUAUUUAUAUAAAUUUAUUAUUAAAAUCGUCGAGAGGUAAAGGAAAGUGGUUGAAUAUUUCAUUUAGGGAUAAAUUAUUUCAGAUGUGACUUCUGUCCCAGAAUAUCGUCUGUUUGUUUAUAUUCGUUGACGGGAGAAGGUGGGAAAGGUAAUUGGAAAAGAAGUAGACAGUCUUUGAGAUGGCCUCCCCUGUUGGAGAGGACAACUUAGAAGAUAUUCCUAUUGAUGACUUCAAGGGAGCCACGCUUCGACUUGACCCAGCCUCAGGACAGCCCUCAAGGAGUGUUAGUCCGAGCGGACAUGACAGCAAUGCCAGUGCACCUAGGUUUCCCGAAGAAAGAGCGCGCCCCAUACUUAAACCUUCAGUCAGCGAUCCAACUGCAGACAUAGUUACUCCGCCCACUCCAGAUCAGGCAAACAGCUUUUACUGUGGACAAGGCCUUAGUAGGUCUUUUUACCAACAACCUCCUAUUGGAAGACCACGAAGAGCUUCUUGGCACGCAGAAACAGGCAGCGAAAAUGGUAUCGGCGAGUUUUUCUCUGUUAGAGUCGGUGCGCUCGAACAGGCUGUGGAAGAAUGCCGUCUCCUGACUGAUCCUGAGUUGGACGGUGCUAUAAAAGGAGCUUGGCUGCUGACAGAAAUUAAUCACUGGGAUAUUGAAAAAGAGCGUGUUGUAGUACUGUGCGAACUGUCUCUUCUUGUCAUAAAGUACGACUUUAUUGCCCUCCGCUAUGUUGACUACACACGAAUCUACCUGAAUUCAUUAGAGCACUUGCAAGUCGGGGAACUGACUUAUCCCAGUCAUUCUCUUGUUCCGAGAAUAAGUGGUAUAGCAGGGGGAGUUGUAACAGUCAUACGUAGCUGUCUCCUGAACCGAUUGCAGAACACCAUCGCCACGCUUAGCUCCCGAGGCGCUGCAACUUCUAGUGCCUCUGACAAGGGAGAGCCAGAUUCACAUUUUUCCCUCUCUGCUGUCAGUUUUGAACCAAGAACGCGAAAUAUGCAAGGAUUCCGUGUGACGUGGAACACCGGACAUGAAGUGUCCUUUGCUCAGAAGUGGAACCCAUGGAGCCGGGACAUCCCAUACACAACAUUCACCUCGCAUCCCCUCUACUGGUAUACAGGUUGUGAAAACAGCACUUAUGAUGCUAAGUCUCUGUCCAAAGAGAUCAAGUUAGCUGUGGAGGAACUCCAGGAUCGUCCAGAUGCUGUGGCCACUUGCAUUGUGAGCCAAAGUCCCAUAGUAAUCGAGAAUUACGUGGGCAUCGCAUCCUUGCUUCACAACGCCACGGAACUUGGGUUCUUCAAACUACGAGGAAAAGUAUUGCGGAUUGCAGCCUGAGCAUUACUGAAUUGUGAAAGCUACCUAAAGUUGUACUUGAAUGCUUGAAGACUGAAGAUCAGUUUCACUUUUGAUAUACAGUAUAAGACUGAGGAUCCUCAGGUGACGGAGGUAGACAUAAAGGUUAUACAUAUAUAUAUAGUAUAUAUAUACAGUAUAUAUAAUACAUAGGAUUUGAUAUUUUGUCUAAAAGAAAAUAGGUAGUGCCUCCAUGAUAUGAAAAGGCAUUUAUAAACUUCACUUGCUUCCUUUCUUUAGAUGAUACCUCACACGUCCUCAUGGCAGAAGAACUGCAAAUGUUGUGCAUUGGCAGCCUUGCCCCUUCACCAGAUGUAUUUGAUUGUUCUCUGAGAGACUGAACUCACUUGCAGCUUAGAUACAAAAAGAGAAAGUUGAAAUAAGUUUGAAAUAGCCUUAUGUUUAUGUAAUGGUACUUUUUAUUGUUCUUCUGUGAACUCAGAUAUCCAUAUACAUCUGUAGGGUGGUGCAGACACUCAAUUGUACGGUUAUACUAUCCUUUUUUCAUGUCCUUGCAGAGAACAAAAGAGUCAGAUGUUUGAUACUAGAAGGAACCCGAAACAUGUUUGCAAGGAUUGAGUUCCAGAGAAGACCUUGAAUAGUUCUUAUAAGAGCAGGUUAUCUUUUCACUUGAUAUUAGAGAAAACACAGCCUCUGUUUAGGGUUGGAAUCAGGUCUUUGAGAGAGAUGUAUGUAAGGUAUCAAGUACUACUAUACUAAUCAUCCUUAUUAGCUUUGUCAAUCCAGUUGCUACACUUUUCUAGUAAUGUUGAAUUAAGGCCAAUUUCAUAUCUUUAUACAUAAUAUUAAUAUAAUACCAAUAAUAAUAAUGAUUCUAAACAGUAUGAUGAUUAAUUUUUAAAAUUUUGUUUGUCACACUAUGAUGAUGAAUCACUAAAUUCAAAUAUAUCCUACAUCAUUUAAAUGUUUUGAAUGUUGAGGAGUCAUGUUUUAAGUAUGCACUUGAAGUACAGGUAGUUAUUUAUUCUGUCUUACAUACAGAAAGCCAAGAAUCUGUCAGCAGUGUUUUCUAAGUCCUGCAUGAAGUAGAAUUGUUUACUUUUGGUAGUUCAGUGUUUGUUUAUAUGGUAAGGCUAGUCAAGAUUGUAUUGACCAAACAAACAAAAGAUCGGGUAAGGGAGAGGAAGGAUGCAAGAAUGUAUAGAUCAGGGAAAAGAGAUGGAAGAAACUUGGAAGUAGUACCCGAAAUUGUUAUUUUUCAGUGUCCAUUUAUGAAAUUUAUAAGAACAUGUAGUCUCAAUAAGAAUUGUGUGCACUGGACUGUUUCCAUUAAAUUCUGAUUCCAUAUGUUUUGGAUGUAAUCAUGCAGUUUAAUAGGAGGUUGGAGCAAUAUGUGACAGGAAAUGAUAAUUCAAAGACCUUUGGAAAAUAUUUAAGGGAGGGUUAUUAGCAAUGUGGAACUUAUUUGAAGUGUCCUAAGGGAUUAUUCAUCUUAUUUGUUGAAUUUAUUUUUUGUGAUUGGUAAAAGAUGUACUAUGUUUGCAAAGUUUGAACAUAUUAGAGGCUCUGUUUUGUCAUCCCAGUGGAGAGUAACUACCUGUGCUAGGAACAUUCACCUUUGCUUGCUGGAAUCUCAAUGACAAAGAUAUGUGUUCCAUUUAUGAUAAGUAUUACCAAUGCAUUGCAUUAGGGGCAUAGGUGUUAUAUAUUUGCGCACUCAGCAUUUUAUGAAAGGAAGUAAUUUUAUGUCAUUCAAGUCAACUGCUGAAGAGGAGGAAAGUUUUCUUGGUUUGCCAGUACCCAGGGUGGUCAGCCACUGCUUAAGCUACAAAGUCAGGUAAAAAGUAUUUCAAGCGUUGAAAGAGAAACUCAGUCAGAGAGAGUGUCACGGCCGUAAUAUACUGAGCGAUCCAGGUGAAUUGCUCAAAGUCAUGUGGUUUUUUUUUAUUUAAUAUCUUUGCAUAUCUAUUUAUGCUUUGUCUUGCAAAUACCAGAAACAAUUUUCAUUUAGAUAGUUUUCUCAUGACAGUACUCUGACAAUAUUUGCUUAUGCUUGCUUGAAUCUAGUGAAUUUAAUUUUUGAAAUUUUCUAUGGUUUGUUAUGUGCCAAAAAACAUUCCUUAACACAUUCUUCUUAUGGUACUUUAUAUAUAUAUAUAUAUAUAUAUAUAUCUAUAUAUAUAUAUAUAUAUAUAUAUAUAUAUAUAUAUAUAUAUAUACAGGCAGUCCCCGGAUUACGACGGGGGUUCCAUUCUUGAGACGCGUCGUAAGCCGAAAAUCGUCGCAAGCCGGAACAACGUGAAAUACCCUAAGAAAACCUUACUUUUAAUGCUUUGGGUGCAUUCAAAACUAUGUAAACUGCAUUCUUAUUUCAUUUUUCAUAAAAAAAAACCUUCAAAUAUUGAUUAUUUUGUAUUUUUGGUGUCAUAUUUCUUCUGCCAGAUGAGCGUUGUAGGCGUCGUAACCCUGGAAAUAGUUUCUGAUGAAUAUAAUUGAAAAGCGUCUUAACCUCGGAACGUCGUAAGUCGAACCCCUCGUAACCCGGGGACUGCCUGUAUAUAUAUAUGUAUAUAUAUGGUGUGGGUGUGUGUGUGUGUGUGUGUGUGUGUAUGUAUUAUUUCAUGGUACUUGAUAAUUUAAUGAUUUACCAGUAUAGUAUGCCCGUAUUCUCUUCUCUUCUUUUCAUGAUGACAUUGCUUCUGAAAUAUCUCUAGUACUAGAUGAUGAGCCUGUGGAGCAAUGCAAUUUGUGUCAUGGUAUCAGUAUAUUGUAAUGAUUUACUUAUUUAUUUUCUCAGUAUAGCAGUUUCAUGGUUAAUUUCAACACUGGGGAGAUAAAAUCCACAGUUAUGUACUUGUAAUAUUGAACAGUGUUCAGCAUUAAAAAUAAUAGAGUUGCCUACAUUUGAAAGGCAGUAUCCCACUUUGCAUCACACACUGAUGGUUCUUUGCAAAGCUGGAUUUCUUUCUGCCUCUUACCUUCCACCCACUUCCUGUAGUCUUGAUUAAGGCAAACAUGUUAAAAUUUGACAAGUUUACAAUUGUUGAUUUUGUUUCUCCAUUGUCUGUGUUGUUGAGAAGCAUUUCUGCUUUAUUACUGUACUUAAUUAAAUUUGAGUUCUAAUUCUGUUAAUUAUGAACUUGACUUAAACAAGAAUUUUAACUUAAACCAAAGAAUUUGCCAUUAAGUGCAACAUUUUUAUGUCAGUUAUACUUAAGAUUUCCUCAUUGUUUAUAAUUCUGUGAUCACUUUAUCUUACUUAAGAAGAAGCCAGAUUCCAGUGCUGCAUAUUCUCCCAUGUUCGUUCAUUCCUAUGAAGUUCAACUUAGUCUCACGUAUUUCAACUGGAAGUUGCAUCUAGUCUCACAGUGACGUCAUAAAACAAGUCCCUGGGCAGGUACUUAUGAUUGUAUUGUUCCUGUGUUAUCCUCCUGUUAUUUUGGACAGAGAUUAUCCACACUCCAAUCCUCUUAUACAAAAUGUACAUGAUGCUUCUGUACUUUUGCAGUAAGCACAUUAUGAUAACUUUUCUUGAAAUUGAUGCCCAUUUUCAAAGCUAUAAGUGAAGACACUAAUCCCAUCUUGAAUGCAGCCAUCUUUGUUAUUUCUUCACAAUCUUGUGAACUUAAUGUAGAUAUAUUUCUUGUCCUGUGUUUUCCAUGAAUAAGUUCUGUUCAUUCUGCUAAUGUUUUCCCAGAAUAUAUCUCCUUGAUUUAAUUUAUCCAGUGAUGACCUCUUUCAUACUAAAUAAAACCAUUUUCAAAGUUAGUGUGGAACUUGCAAUAUAUUACAGACAGACAAAUAUGUUAUUGCAUUCCAUUUGAAUGUGAAUUUUACCUUUCUAAGUUUUUCCAAAUUGAUGACUAAGCAACUCUCAGUGCAGAAUAUCCUAUGACAAAUACCACUGUCUGAUCUUAGAAUGGCCUUCUUAAUAUCACUACUGACAGUUAUUGUGUCAAAAUGGGCUGCCAUUGGCAGCCGUGGCACCGAUAACUGCGUCUUCCAUUUCAUCUUUGAGCUUUCUCAUUUUCCAUUCCUUUUGGAUAAAAAAGCAUGAUGCUAGUUACAUCCUGUGGACCUUUAUCGUUAUUGUUGGUAAGGCGACAAAAUGCACAUAAAAAAUAUGCCAAUAGUUUUUCUCAAUCUUGAUACGUGCAUGUACUGUACCUCAUCACGCUGACGAUGAUUCUUGGUACAGUACUUUUUUUUUCUUUUUAAAUUUUUUAAAUAUUCAUUAUUCAUUCUUUUGGGACCGAGGGUUUGCUUGUUACAUUGAGGCAAGUGUUUAUUCUAAGUCCAUUGUUUUUUUUAAUAGGAGGAAGUGGAUCCAAGAAAUGUGAAGAUUUCAUGUGAGGGAACAGGUUUCCUCAUUCAUGAUAUUGUAUUAUGUGUGAGUGUGUGUAUAUUCAGCUAUGCCAUAAUUUAUCCUGAAAGUAAACACUUGAUUGGAACUCUUCGUAACUUUAUAGUGUAGGCCAGUGUACAGUAUAUUCAGUCUUAUAGUCUAGUCAUCCUUGUGUAAAUGCUUCGUGGUUAACAUUUGUAGAAAUCCAUGGGAAUGGUUGGUAUAAUGUUUGUGUAACAAAAAUGAUAGAAGUUUCAAGUGAGGUAUAUUGUAUACUUUAUGAUGUUUUAUUCUUGUCAUUCUUGGUUUGCCUGCUUAAUUAUGCACUGCUAAAUACUGUAAGCACCCUGUGAUAAGAUAUAACUUUUAUGAGUGUAAUUAGUCUCUUCAGAUGUAAGGAAAUAGUUCUGAUUCUUUGAUAACUGUGAUUUUGCUCAGCAGGCAUCAGGAGAUUAACUUAAAACUUGAGUAUUCUUCUGAAAUACAACUCUUUCCUUACUGGAGACUUUCACUUUGGAAAGAUGAACUCCAGAUGUGAGGAACUCUAGAAAUGCAGCAUUUUGUGUCUUGAAAUUUAUUUGUUAAAAUAAUUGUUUUCUUUUUGUAUAUUGGACUAAUACUGCUAUAUUUCAAAAUAUUUUUUAUAGCUAUUUCCUUCUGCAUAAUUUUAUACCUGUCUCUGUGUUCAAGCACAGUUCCUUGUUGGACGAGUCGGUAACGUGCUCGACUACCAAUCUCACGGUCUGGGUUCGAUUCCCCCACUGUGCCAACAAGGAAUCAGAGUAAUUGAUUUCUGUUGAUAGAUUUCAUUUCUCGAUGUGGUUCAAAUCCCACAAUGAGCUGUAGGUUCUGUUGCUAAGUAACCAAUUGGUUCCUAGCCACGUAAAAAUGUUUAAUCCUCCGGGCCAGCCCUAGGAGAGCUGUUAAUCAGCUCAGUGGUCUGGUAAAACUAAGAUAUACUUUUUUUCUGUGUUCAAGUAUUAUAGUUUCAUUAUGCAUAAUAGUCAUUAUAAGGCAUUAAUAUUAAAAUAUAAUUUACCUUUGUCUGUUAACUGCUCAAGCAUUAUAUGUAAUUGUUCCUUUAUUUUUGAGGGCUGUGUUGUCUUUCAAACGUUUAUCUGCUGUGAAACUUGAAAUUCUCAGUUCCAAAGGUCCUUUAUUCCUCACACCGUUGGACUGUGGAACAGUCUCCUUGAGGAUGGCGAGAUGGUUAUAUUUUAAUUAUUUCCUUACAGUUUUAUCUAUUUAUUUUUUUUAAUAAGUUCAUAUUUUUUUUUCUUUUAUAAUAACUGAUCUCUCCUUUCUGCAUUUCUUAUGACCUUCUGUUAUAUCUUUAAAAUAUGCUACAUGUUCUUUGGAAGCUUGAAUUUCAAGUCAGUGGCCCCUUUGGUGGGCUUGUUCAUCAAGUUCAUCUUCUGAAUGAUAACCGUAAUGAUGAUAAUUUUAUAUUUUAUUUUUACCAUCACAGAAAAUCUGAAGUGUUGCUUGUAAAGCUUUACUCUUGGAUUUUUAUGAGAAUUGUUAAAAAAAACAAGAAGCUAUGCAUAAAAUGUACCUCACCAUCAAGUAUCAGUCAUUGUAUAUUGCAGGUAUGUGGAGGAUCUUUGGUCUUAAAUUUUUUUGCACUAUAAGCAGCAGCAUUGCCUGUAGUAAUAAAACUGAAUUUGUUUCAUUAAAAUACAUAAAGAGAGUUUUGUCUCGUAAAAGUGCAACAUUUGUUAAGAGUGUAUCAUGGGACAGUAUAAGUACAGGAAAGGAGGGAGCAUUGCAUAACAAAAGUUCUGUUUCAAGGAGGAAAUGCUUUGAAGAGUUUGUCAGUACAGGCAGUCCCCGGGUUAUGACGGGGGUUCCGUUCUUGAGACACGUCAUAAGCCGAAAAUCGUCGUAAGCCAGAACAUCAUAAAAAAUCCUAAGAAAACCUUACUUUUAAUGCUUUGGGUACAUUCAAAACUAUGUAAACUGCAUUCUUAUUGCAUUUUUCAUAAAAAAAAACCUUCAAAUAUUAUUUUGCAUUUUUGGUGUCAUAUUUCUUCUGCCAGAUCAGCAUUGUAGGCGUCGUAACCCUGGAAAUAAUUUCUGGUGAAUAUAAUUGAAAAGCGCCUUAACCUCGGAAUGUCGUAAGCUGAACCCGUCGUAACCCGGGGACUGCCUGUAUACUGCAUUCAUGUCCUUACCAAGCUUAGGUUGUUCAGGAUAGAGUGAGAAAGAGGUUGAGAAAAUUUAAAACUGCUCUAGGAACAUCUUAAUUUUGAUGAUUUUUAAUUGCUUUGUAAGAGAACAUUAUGUACUGGGCAGUCCCCAGUUAUCUGUGGGUUGCUGAUAAGCAAAUGCCAUUAACCAAAGCUCUGCAACUUGUGGCGUUUAUGGCACCAAUGACUGGUUAAUGACACCUCUGUCACAUAUGUUAUGGCUCCGUAACUCAGUGCCGAUAACCAGAACACGGCUCGUCAUGGUGCCAUAAAUUGGUGAUUUCAUAAAACCAGGUUGCCAUUAACCAAGUCUGCCGAUAACUGGGGAAUGCCUAUUUAUGUGAUUGAAUUCUUAUCUGUAAUUUUUUAAUGUGAUCAUGUUAACAUUUAAAAAAUAGAGAAAGAUAUUCACAUGCAAUAAAUGUACCACAAUACUUCAUACAGCCAAUGAAAUGAUAAAUGGUGUGCAAAAGGUGAAUUGAUGUUAUUUGAAAUAAAUACAGUUAACUGUUUUUGAGUGAAAGUUGAGUUUAUAAUAUUUAUAUGUAAUGUAAAAAAACAUAAAUUAUAGUUUUACAAGUGGCUUUCAUGCCAAAGCUAGAGGGGAAUUUGGUGUCUGUCAUAUUUUGCUUAAGGUAAAGUCGUUACAACUCAAAUUUCAGGAGGUUUGGUGGAGACUUGAUUAGAGUUGAAUCAUAAAUCCCCUACAAAGAAGACAUGUGAUGUUUACACAGAUGGAUGCAGUAUAGUUAGUGUAUUGCAAAAUUAUAUUUUUUUUUUCAAAUUUUGCAAGACCAUUGAUACUGAGUAACAUGAAUAUUUUUUUUUUGUCUGAAGCACAGAGAGUGAAUUUUAUAAUGUUUUGUAAAUCCAUUAAUUAUUCUGUGUAGAGAUUUUUUAAUUAUUUUGAGAAACAGCAUCCAAUCCUUUUUUUCUUUUGUAACGAGCUUUUAAAAUUAGUGUGUGAUGUUCAAUUUGAAUGGCAAUAGGUAUCAUUGUUGAGAGAUGGGAAAGUUGAGUAUUACUGGUUUGUGGCUUGACAAUAUACCUAUACUGUACAGUCAUUUCUUUAGAGUAGUUAGGCCCUGUAUUUUAUGACUUCAGAGAGCUUUUAGAGGCUAUUGUCUAUGUAUUGCUUGGGACCACAGGAUGAAGCUUUUGCCGUCAAUUGUGGGAUAAGCCAUUAUACUUAAAAUUCUCCCCUUUUCUUUCUAAUGAUAAUUUUACGAAGAACAGACAAUUGUUCCGACACGGCAUACAAACCUUCGGUCCUUUUACAAUAGGAAGGUACUAGCGGCAGCUGGAUAGGUCGUAAGCUUUCGAACAAGGGGUUCGGUAGUUAACUGCUUGUCCGACAGGCGCGCGCGCGCGACUGGGAGGUAAACAAAUCACUUUUGCUUUCGGCCUGCUGGCGUGUGGACGUGUAUCAUCGCUCUCUGCCCGCUUCAUCGUCGUUUGCUUUCGCAUGAUUGUGUUUUUCUUUUUCUAUGUAUCUAGUGAAACUGAAUUGUAAGUACAAUCAUUUCAUUGAAUUCAAUUGUGAAUUAAAGGAUCUUGGUUCACAACGCCCUCCGAUUACCCGAGUGCCGGGACUGAAGGGCGUAAUUGCGGGAAUUCAUUUUCCCAGAAUGAUCCUCGUAUUGUGUAUGCUCGGUGCCGAGGGCGGGAGCGCUCGCUCCGAGCGUAUAUUGGGUUGGAAAUGUGUAGAUGAAAAUCGUAAGUAAGUGCUCUUUUCAUUUAUAUUUUUUUGACCUGUAUGCCCGUUGCCGAACGAAUGCGCUCGGCACGGAAACUUAGUCAGUAUGAAAGUGGAAUCGCAAGU